GGAGGGGGCGGCCCGGCCCGGCCCAGCUCUGCCCCCGGCCGGCCCGACCCCGGCCCCGGCCCCUGACAAGCCCUUAUCUGAUCCCAGAUCCGGGUUUAAGAGUCCUGGCUCUGCCCGUCACUGAGCUCCGCUCCUCACUCCUGCCCGCCCCGUCGGUCCAAUCUGUCCUGCUGCCCCGCGGCCCGUCCAAGGGGCCACUCCGCCUCGGACCCAAGAUGACAUCCGUUGCCAAGGUGUAUUACAGUCAGACCACUCAAACAGAAAGUCGGCCCCUAGUGAGUCCAGCCAUACGAAGGCGGAGAGUACUGACAAAAGAUGGCCGCAGCAAUGUGAGAAUGGAGCAUAUUGCUGACAAGCGCUUCCUCUACCUCAAGGACCUAUGGACUACCUUCAUUGACAUGCAGUGGCGCUACAAGCUUUUGCUGUUCUCUGCAACCUUUGCAGGCACCUGGUUCCUCUUUGGUGUGGUGUGGUAUCUGGUAGCUGUGGCCCAUGGGGACCUACUGGAGUUAGGCCCCCCUGCCAACCAUACACCUUGUGUGGUACAGGUGCACACACUCACUGGAGCCUUCCUUUUCUCCCUGGAAUCCCAGACCACCAUUGGCUAUGGCUUCCGCUACAUCAGUGAGGAAUGUCCCCUGGCCAUCGUGCUGCUUAUUGCCCAGCUGGUGCUCACCACCAUCCUGGAAAUCUUCAUCACAGGUACCUUUCUGGCCAAGAUUGCCCGGCCCAAGAAGCGGGCCGAGACCAUACGUUUCAGCCAGCAUGCAGUUGUAGCGUCCCACAACGGCAAACCCUGCCUUAUGAUCCGAGUUGCCAAUAUGCGUAAGAGCCUCCUCAUUGGCUGCCAGGUGACAGGCAAACUGCUUCAGACUCAUCAGACCAAGGAGGGUGAGAACAUUCGACUCAACCAGGUCAAUGUGACUUUCCAAGUAGACACUGCCUCUGACAGUCCCUUCCUCAUUCUACCCCUUACCUUCUACCACGUGGUAGAUGAGACCAGUCCCUUGAAAGAUCUUCCCCUCCGAAGUGGUGAGGGUGACUUUGAGCUGGUGCUGAUCUUAAGUGGGACAGUGGAGUCCACAAGUGCCACCUGCCAGGUGCGCACUUCCUACUUGCCAGAGGAGAUCCUUUGGGGUUAUGAGUUCACACCUGCUAUCUCCCUGUCAGCUAGUGGCAAAUACAUAGCUGACUUCAGCCUUUUUGACCAAGUUGUGAAAGUAGCUCCCCCUAGUGGCCUCCGUGACAGCACUGUACGGUACGGAGACCCAGAAAAGCUCAAAUUGGAGGAGUCAUUAAGGGAACAAGCUGAAAAGGAGGGCAGUGCGCUUAGUGUGCGCAUUAGCAAUGUCUGAUGGCUUAGCCCCAACCCCCUGGCCCUCUGACCUCUUUUCCUCUCUUUUGAUGCCCUAGGGAAGGGAUACUAUCUGGGUUCACUGGAGUGUCCCAGAAGUACCCAUCCUGUCCCUUCCUUAACUCAGUGGCCUGUUAGAAGUUCAGGCCAACUGAAAUCCAAAUUUUCUUCCCAUUGUCCCCUUUCACCUUUUCCUGCUUCUACCCCAAUGCACACAACUCCUUGAAGCCAGGAUGGGGGAAGGAGCGGGAAGAUUAGGCUGAAGGGGCUUGGAAGGCCUCAGCUAUGCUUGGAGACUCAUAUCAGUAGGACCAUGUGAUUGGAUGGACAGACUCCACCCACCUCCCAUCAUUACCAGAAAGUUAGCCAGUUUGAGGCUAAAGCUGCCUCUGUUUCCAGCUAGCAGGUUGAUAGUCACAUUUGAUAGUCUUUGUGGUUUAUUUCCUCAGAAAUACAGGAAUCUGUAAUCAGUUUAUUCUGGGGUCCUUUACCAAUUGUUGAAUGAAGCUAGGGUUUAUCAUGGCGUUUUUAAUCUUUGCUGAAAACCAUAACUUCGGCUCUUGAUCACUACCAUUUCCCUUUCUAGUUUGCAAGUAGACUUUCUCAGCAUACCCAGUUUCUCAUAGCCUGUUUCCAUAAAUUGGGGCUGACUUGAGACAUUUAAGAAUACAGCCAUGCCAGGUCACUGGUGGUUCACCCUGUAAUCCUAGCUA